AGGGUGCUCGCUGCGGAACCACAAAGGCGGAGCUGCACCAGAGGGUGGAGCUGCACUAGAGUCAGCUCCGCCCAUUCCUGCUCCUAAUUGGUGCAGGCAGACUCGCCUCUGCUGAGACGGUCCUUGUUGCAGCAAAAGCACAAAGGUGGAGCUGCCGCUCCCGGCCGUUCCAAGUGACUCCAACUUCGGCUUAAUGGCUAUGCAUCAAACAAUACUGAGGAGAGGGCAGGAUCCUCUUCAGUCUAUCAAGCGAUGCAGCGAUUGUUGCAGCAACAUUCACUGCACUUUCUGUAAAAUGACAUAUGCUGAUUUUUACAAGGUUAAAUACCAUGUACAGAAUCAUGUGAGCAUUGCUGUAAAACAUGAAGAUUAUGUCAUCUUAAAAUGCAGCCUGGGCUGUAGGGAAAUGGCACAUUAUCAUUGUUGUUACUGUCCGUCAACGAUUCUGCGGAGAAUGGCAUUUGUGAAACAUCUUGCUAUAUGUAAGGAGAAAUUAUCACGUCCUCCACCACCGGCACAGACAGCACCUCCUCCAUCAGCACAGACAAGACCUCCACAGACAGGACCUCCUCCUCCAUCGGCACAGACAAGACCUCCACAGACAGGACCUCCUCCUCCAUCGGCACAGACAAGACCUCCACAGACAGGACCUCCUCCUCCACAGACAGGACCUCCUCCUCCACAGACAGGACCUCCUCCUCCACAGACAGGACCUCCUCCUCCAUCGGCACAGACAGCACCUUCUCCAUCGGCACAGACAGCACCUUCUCCAUCAGCACAGACAAGACCUCCACAGACAGGACCUCCUCCUCCACAGACAGGACCUCCUCCUCCACAGACAGGACCUCCUCCUCCAUCGGCACAGACAGCACCUUCUCCAUCAGCACAGACAAGACCUCCACAGACAGGACCUCCUCCUCCAUCGGCACAGACAAGACCUCCACAGACAGGACCUCCUCCUCCAUCGGCACAGACAAGACCUCCACAGACAGGACCUCCUCCUCCACAGACAGGACCUCCUCCUCCACAGACAGCACCUCCUCCUCCAUCGGCACAGACAGCACCUCCUCCAUCGGCACAGACAAGACCUCCUCCAUCGGCACAGACAGGACCUCCUCCUCCAUCGGCACAGACAGCACCUCCUCCAUCAGCACAGACAAGACCUCCUCCUCCACAGACAGGACCUCCUCCUCCAUCGGCACAGACAGCACCUCCUCCUUCACCACAGGCAGGACCGUCGUCAUCCUCAUCAUCCUCACGACGAUUAAAGGUCCGCCAGCCGGUGAAAGUGACAUGCAGCCAUUGCGGCAUCACAUUAAAUAAAAAGAACUUGCAGGUGCAUAUUAAUAGAAAGCACAGGCCAAAGGGACAACAGAUAUCAGAGACACGACACCUGUCAUGUCAGUGUAUUGAUGCUACAAAUGGCAUCUUUGCAGUCAACAAAUCAUUCUUCAAACCAUGCUCACCAAUACAUGUACAGAAAAAAACCUGGGGUACAAGCCAAAAACAAAUUUGUGAAUUGGAUGAUUGCAAUACUAAUUUGGACUUUGCAGUGAGGAGUGGAAUUCUGCCAUAUGAAUGCAUCCACUUAAAAUCAUUGACAUUUUCUCCCAGAUCAGACACCCCCCCCACAAUUCUGGAAGAAGAGGUGCUGUCAGACAUAGUGUCUGCCAAAAUAUUUGGGGAUGUGAGAAAACAGAGCUGCUUGAACCUCCAGAGCAAAUCUGCUGCUGCAGGGGUGCCUCUCUCAGUUGAUGUCACAGUUGGAGGGCCGUCCUCAAAAAAGUUCAUAUCAGUUUUUGAACCCAAAGUGUCAUGCUACAGCAGACUGGGAAGGGUAAUGGUGGCCUUCGACAUGAAAAAGAGGUCAUGGCAUUGCCCAUGUGCCAAACCCAGACUGUUGUGCUUGCACAAAAGUGUGGCUAAAUGGCAUCUCUUUCAGACAGACAGAGAAAUGUUCAAGACCAAAGAGAGUGCCACUGACAGUGGUGAUGCUGCUGAGACAAAUGAAGAACUGCAGGAUGAUGCAAUACCAGUCGGAGGACAACAAUAUCCUCCUGGUGACAAUGAUCUCAUGAGAAUGGUAAAAUACAUAAUGAAAAACAAAGCUCUACCGGAAAAUCUCCCCCAGGAUUUGGUCACUGGCUCCCAAACAUUAGAGGACAUUUCAAAGGACUUGAUUCCCAAAGAAACCAUAUGUGCAGAAUGUGGAGGCCAACUUAAUGAGCCAGUGCUCAUUACAGCACGUGCCAAGCUGGUGGCAUACACUGGUGUUGUACAUGGCUUUUCUACAUACCGCAGGGAAUGUCCCGACUGUGGGCUGAUUUAUCGAUACCAGGAGUGGAGUGAUGGGAUUCAUAAUUUCAAUGACCAUAUACUCCUCACUCUUCAUCUAUGUAUUUAUCUCCGUAACUCAAUUCAGACACACCAUGCUGUAAGCCGAGCAAUUGAGGUCUUGGAGAAAACUGAAAAUCAGACCUUCCCCAGUAAGGCCACAAUGCUCCAUGCAUACAUGCAUUUUGAAGCCCUGACAGCUCACAGCUACUCAUACUCCUGUUAUAAGUGUGGAUACUAUCCACCUGUGGUUAUCAUGGACCUGCACAGGAAGGGUGUCUUCAAUAUGCCUACAAGUGAGAUGGAGACUCCACCAGCAGACUUUGAUGGCAGAGUCAACAUCAAAGAUUUUUAUGACUCUGUGACGUCUCAGAUCAUUUGUACUGGCUUAUUGACAAGUGGUCGUAAGAACCCCUUUCUUGUUUUGCCAUCAUAUCACAACUGGGCACCUUGGAUUGGACCAAAAUGCAGAGAUGGGGACAUUGUUUUCAACACUGAGCAUGAGAAGUUGCAUGCACCAAGGCAGGCUGCUGAGAUGUCAGAUCUCCAAAUGACAGAGGAGAGACUCCAAGAUGCCCUUAUUAACCUCCGGGUGGACAUGGUGCGUAAGCUAUGCAAACAAUGUGGCAUAGAUUCUAAAGGUUCUAAGAUGGACCUUAUUCUCAGACUCCGGGAGGAGAUGAAGAACAGGUCGUCAUAUGAUAAGAUUUUUGAGAAGGUCUGGGGAGCAUCAGGUGGCUGGGCAGUUGUUAUGUGCCCCUGUGCUGUUGUCUAUUCAAUAAAAUUUAAUUUAAGAGCAGAAAGCCCCAGAGACUAUGCAGAUAUUUUGCUCAGCUGGAAGCACUUUCCCAACAUUGCCAUUUAUGAUUUUGCGAGGGGACUGGCCACACACACCAACUUGAGGGAACCUGAAAACUUGCCUUUCAGCCCACAUGAGGGACGGCUGGCUGAGGCAUCCAAUGAUAAUGUAAAGUCAGCUGCUGAAGGAAAGCUGAAGGUCCAUUUACCAUGGCUAAAAAGUAAAAAAAAGGAUGCAGACACAAACUGCCACCCACUCACAGGAUCAUCGGAACAUUAUACCUUGUAUGAUGUUUUCCAUGAGAAAAACACAAAGGAUCCUAGAGACAUCCUUCGAAGAAUAGCACUUGUUCCUGAACUGGCUGGCUGGGUCAACAGCCAGUGUGCUGAGCAAUUAUUUGCAGACAUGAGGAAGAACAAUUACUUUCUGAAUACACUCACACCGUCUGAACACAUCUUCAUGAUGCGCAACAUAUUGCACCACUACAACACACAAUGCAACAACAAGACUGAAGAAAGCAUCAAGAAAGUGGUGAGCGAGGAUGUCCUGCAGUUGGAUCACAAUGGGCAGAUAGUAAUGGCUGCACAGCCACCCACAGAAGCAGAUGUAACAACACAACCCUACUGUCCAAGCAUGUCUGACCUGCUUCCAGGUCUAACACCUAACCAGACAUCUGACCAACUGAACAGGAGGAUAUGGGCUGUUAACCCUCUCCCAGCACAACAGAAAUUGUUGGCGUAUGUGUUGGAUAAAAACAAAGAUCCGUAUGAGGACAUACUUUCUUAUAGCCCAGGACGGACAUUAACAAGAUGUGAUUUCUGGUCUUUGGCCUUUGAAGAGGUUGAAGCACAGAUUGCUGAUCAGUGCUUUCAAGUCAUAACUGCUCUUGGAGCUUCACAGGUCAGCUUGUUUUUGUUCUGUGUGGUAUUAUUAAGCCUUUGGCAGGGAGGCCUUGUGGCCUUAAGAAGAAAUUUCUCACUUCUCAUGGAGUUUGUCACAGGCUUUACACAAUACAUUUUUCCUACAUUUUCAAAAAAAAACUGUAGCACUACUAGUUUCUGUCUCUUCAGGGCAAAGACGUCCACACUUUCAGCAUCUAUUUGGUGGUUACCUGGUUACCACCAUUUCACAAUGAUCCCCUUGCAGCUUUACCUGACAAUAUUGGAACAAAGGACAUCAUUUUACUCCCUUCGUGGGAGUCCGGGCACUGGAUUUUGUGUAGUCUUGGCUAAUCACAUUUCACCAGGCCAUUGGAACACUGUAACAUUGAGUCAGUUGAAGGGUGCACCACUGCAGUGGGGAGGGAAUGACUGUGGGGCAUACAUGAUGAUGUAUGCCCUCUAUGUGACCCUGGACAUGCCUUUUGAUUUUGCUCAAUCAGAUAUGCCCGUAAUCAGGAGUUGGUGGUGCCAACAAUUACUGAAGACAUUUCCUCUGGCUGGUCAAUUCAGCCCACCAGAGCCGGAAAUGAUGGAGGUCACCCAAGGAGAGCCCACCCCAACAGAGCCAGACACUAUGGAGGUCACCCAAAGAAAAGAAAUACAAGACGUGCCUGUGAUGAGAGGCAUUAUGGUGGCCUGGAACUGGGUGAAGGAAAACCAAAAACACUUUGCUGGAAAGGUUAUCCCACCAGACAUCAUCAGUAUGGAUGAAGACGACGCAGCAAUGGCCAUCACAAUGCAGGAACUGUUCAUGACUACACAUGACAUGGAUAGGGAUGAGGAUGAAAUUCGGUCUCCCUUCAUUUUCACCUUCUCAAACAAAGAUGAUAUGGAGUUUUUCAUGCAUGAAAUAAGAGACAAACGAGAUAUCCGUGUGUCUUGCAUGUGCAACACAGAUUAGUACUUGGUGUUUUGCUGUUUGGUUUAGUUUACCAAUCUGUCAUCAAUAACAUGUAAAAUAAAAUCAUCAACAUCUCAGUCA